UCUCGAUUGCCCUCUUCAAAAAUCAUCAAAUCGCAGCUCGUGUCUUCAAAGCCGCAAAUCCUGGGAGCGGAGGUUACGCAAUGGAUAAAUGGUCGAGCCCGUACGGUUCGUCGGGCCUAAAUAAGGGGCCCGCCCAGCGCGCACCCAAGCGGCAGAGCGACCGGUCCACGAUUCAACCUCCACCACCCAGCCGCGGCAACUCAGCCAGAAGCAAAUAAAGCUGCAGAUGAAUCAAUCGCACGAGUAAAGGGACGUCCAGGAUGCCGUCGGACAAUGCGCCAGCUCCCACUCCAGCGCCAGCGCCUGCUCCAGCUCCAGCUCCAGGUCCAGCGCACCAGCGUCCAGCGCCCGGUGGCCAUCAUCGAUCGACCAGCUCGACCCACAGCCAGACACAUUCUCCCUCGACGACUCCACCGCAGCAGACCAAGCAGAAGGGCCACAAGCACGUCGUUAGCACAGGGCGAAUCCAUACGAGGGCCUCGUCGAGCAGCAAGGGCCUGCCCAAGCUCACCACGAAAGCACAUGGCAAUGAGGGGUCACAUACGGACAUGAGAAAGCUGACGAAGAACUCCUCGGCCACAACCCUGAAGAAGAAUUCGUCGCAUGCCAAUCUGAGGCGCAAUCGAUCCACCGCCGACGUGCCAAGGAAACUCAAAGAGGUCCAGGUGAGGAGGCCAGCCUCGGUGCAUUUUGAAAUCGGCAGCAAUCAGGAUCAGGAUCAGGAUCAAGAGGACGGCUGGGAAGAAGCAAGUUCGUCGGCGUCGCCAGCCCUGUCUCGAUCCGCAUCGCGCUCUGCCGUGUCGAGCAAUCAGUCGUCUGCGAAACCCAGCGCUGACAAUUCGCAACAUCAAUCUCCUGUCCAAUCCCACCCUCCGACCCGGACGACUGAUGGAUCGAGCGAGCAGCACCACGCGCGCCACUCAACAGAAGGCAAGAUCAUCACGGAACGACUGUUACAGCGCACGCCCUCGCUCAACACAACAAAGAUGUCGCUCGCUACCGCUACACCUACGACCGCCGGUUACUUACCAGACGACAUGAAGAGCCAAGGCCCUCCCUCCGUCAACAGCACGCCGAAUGUUGGCAGCAAAGAUGAGGUCGUGUCGCGAUUCGUUGGAGGCUCAGGCACGCCGAGCGAGAACUCCCCCUUCCUACACCACCACAAGAACUUAUCACAGGACGCCAAACACCUCGCGGAAGAAGUCAAGAGAACACAAUCAAUGGGCAAUCUAGCAGCACGGUGUAAUAACAGAGAUGACGAUAGCGAAGAGAGCGCGCUCGCCCCCCGAAGCCGCAAAUCCACCCAGCCUCACGCGUACAUCCCCCCGCAGCAGUCGCGAACCCAGCAGAAGCUCUGGCUGCAGCGCGCGAGCUCGAAUAUCGAACCGCAGCAGAUGGCGCCGGGCGUCGGGAUGGGUGCUCUCUCAGGCCUGCACGGCGCCGGUUACGAUGGGCGGGAUCCGCGGCUCAAGCUCCAGCUCGAGCGGACGGGCCUGGAAUACCUCGUGGUGAGACGACAUCAGGACCCCGUCGGGAUCGCGCUCAAGCGCUUGGAGAAGCUGCCGGGCAUGGAGAAGAUGCGAAGGAUCCCGAAGAAGGAUGGCGCUGCGGCGGCGGGAGCGGGCCGGUAUGGUGUUGGUGGUGGACAUAGCCAGAGUCCCAAGGAGUCGCGGAUGCGGGGCAAGGGGCCAGCUAGUAGUACUAGCAAUGGAGGAGGAGGAGGAGGAGGGGGAGGCAGAUCAAGCUACGAUGCUGCUGCUGCGCAAGCCAGCAGUCCUGGGGAUGCGAGCGAGAGGGGAGGAGGAGGGGAAGAUGAUGGCGUAACCGCCAUCCUCCGAAGUAUCUGGGAGAAGAACUUCGAUUCGAGCAGCACCGGCGCCGACUGAGAACGCGACCCCGUCUGUCUGUCUGUAUUGUCUAUAUAUAUGUAUGUAUUCUUUUUGAACUGCUAUGCUGCUGCUGCUGCUGCCGCUUUUCUCUUUACAAGGCGUUUUGUUUCUAUUUUUCUGUUUUUCUAUUUUUUUCUGGAUGGGAGAAUCCUUUCUUGGGCAGGCAGGGCAGGGCAAGGCAUGAAAUGGGCAAAGCAAGCAAGCAAAGCAAGCAAGCAAGCAGGCAGGCAUUAUUGAUGAAUGACCUUAGAGUGUUUAUGAAACUAGACUUACUUACGUACUUGGUAACGGGGCCGAAGCCUACCUUACCUUACAGUACCAACUAAAUACAGAAGAAUAUACACCUAUGAAUGAAUG